AAUCGUUUGCAAGGCUGGUGACGUUUAAGGGAGCCCCAACAAAACCUUUAUAAAGUGAAAACAUUUUUGGUAAAAGUCACAGAACGCUUUCGAGUGUCGAAAAAGGAACGCCAGUUUGGGAUUAUUUAAUAAACAUGAAAGUCAUUUUGGUUUUAGCCCUCCUGUCGCUGGGACAAGCCGCAGAGUUGCCCUCGUCGACGGAAACCACAACAGCAGCCACAACGGGGAAACCCCAGCAAACGGAUCUGCCCAUUCACAUCCAGAACCUGAUAACCAGCCACAUCAAUCAUGUACUACAGCAUAUAAAGAACAAACCUCAGGUCGACUCCCAUACAUUGAGUGGCCCAGUCGAAUGGAAUGGAAGUGGUAGUGGUAGUGGGAGUGGUAGUGGGAGUGGUAGUGGCACGCCAGUGGUCAAGCCCCAUCCAGAUCUCCUUCCACCAUUGGCACACUCUGGUAAUGUCCUUGCGACUCCCGUUGCCGACAUACCAACGUCUACACCUGCGCUGCAAUCUGGCCUACAGCCGGUGCAAGCUGGCAAUCCACAGGUGAAGAUAACCAAUCAUCAGGCCACCGGUACUCUCAUCCACCAUGGAAAGCCAGUGGUGCAGAAUAAGGUGGUGAUGCCACCAGUGGACCAAGUGGUGCUCAAUCUUCCCGGUCAAGAACAACCCAUCAAUGUGGCCGAAAAACUUCACAAGCUGCAACAUCAUGUCAACAAGAUUAUGCAACAGGCUGAGAAACAUAUCCCAUUGGCUGUUAACCAGGCUAUUAAGCAAAAGAAGGAACAGCAGGCUCAAAGGGAAAAGGAGCAGCUUGAAAAGGAUAAGGAAACUAACAAGGAUCAGGAGAAGAACAAGGAAGAUAGUGUGAAUCAUGAAGACCCGGAGCCAACCGAAACAACACAAAAUCCAAAGACAGGUCGAUCUUUGGUAGUUAACGAAGUCCAUGCCCAUAUUCCCCAACUGAUUGCCCAGCAUAGUGAGGAAAUCAAACUGGGAAAAUGUAAUUUCGAGUGCCCCAAAAAAUCUCUAUCCAUCUGCGCUAGCAAUGGCAAGUGUGUGGUCAAUUUUCCAGGUCAAUGUGAGCUGAGUCAGUGGAAUUGCUUUAACUCUAAGAAUGUUUUCCAUCAGGUACAUGAUUCAGAGUGCCAUAACACCAUCACUUGCUAUAAGAGGGAUAUGAUGUGAGCUUUUCCUCUCAAAUUUUAAGCUAUUUGCAAACGAAUUUAC